AUGGCCUCACUAGAUGACAGGGAUCUAGUUGAGGCCAAGAAACGUUUGAGCGCCGAAGGUUCACGGCUUACAACGCGCUUUUCUUUGAAACCUAACGUUCAUGUGUCGUAUUCUCCAGUUGUAUGCGAAGUCUCGGUAGAUGUGGCGACUGUCUCUAAAAUGGACAAACAAGCAGCGUGUGAUGACAUGGUACAAACUGAGACCCUGAUGAUGCAAGUUGUAUGCGAAGUCUCGGUGGAUGUGGCGACUGUCCCUGAAAUGGACAUCAGAGCAGAGUGUGAUGAGACAUCUGCGGUAAAAGCUGAGAUCCUGACGAUGCCAAUCGUUAAUGCGGGCCAGCCGGACACGGUUCAGGUAAUAAUCGGAAGUACGGUAAAGCCUAGAUGCCGUUCGUUUUGGUCCCGCAUUAAGAAAAAUGUUAGGCGUGCAUUGUGCUGCGGAUGUAUGUAG